UCGGACCAAGUUUUUUUUAACUGAACCAUCGCAGUGGGCUAGCAGCAAAGACUGUUCAUCCGGCCUUUUUUCCAUGACUGCUGAAACCAGGGUAUACUUUGGGUGCAAUGCCUGUCCAUCGCGAGACGCAUACUCACCCAUAGUGACAGCGAUUUAGAGGCUCCGAUAAGCUGCACAACUCUGGACUGGAGGAGGAAACCCACACAGACACAGUGAGAACGUGCUAAGUCUUCAUUCACAGAGCUGAUGGCAGGAACUGAACCCACAGUGCUGGAGAUUUGACACCGCAGUGCUAUAAGAGCGCUGCCUGCUUCAGGGUGUGAGAUUACAAUGGGAUUUACACAGACCUGCGUCGCCCACAUCUUCCUCACCUUCUUCUUCAUGUCAUCAGAUGCUGAGGGCAUCAUCACCAUCAAAGAAAACAAAGGGCAGAAGAUCCCUCUCCACUGCAAUGUAUCUGAGGACAGUCUUAAUAAAACAUAUACUGUCAACUGGAAGAAGAAUGGAACCUCUACAGUCCUCUGUUAUUACCGUGUGUCAAACAAUACCAUGAGUGACAGCAACUGUGGAUCCCGUUAUGUGAUCGAAGGACGACCUCUGCAACUUUACUUAACGAAUGUCAGCUUCAGUGACUCUGGUGUCUACAACUGCUCUGUGACAAAACUCAUUCCCCCAACAACCGAGGAGAAAUUCUGUUUGGUGGAUCUUACAGUACAAGGUGUCGUCAUAGAAAAACUGAACACCAGUAAUCAAGACUGCAUGGAGCUCCUGUGUAGGACAGAAGGACUGGUCCAGAAUCAGCUGACAUUCCACUGGACCAGGGGCACAUCUGGAAACGAAUACAAUGCAAGUCAGAGUCUGAAGCUGUGUAAACCUGCCUGGAGCGACUGUGACACAUUUACCUGUAAUGUCAGCCAUAACAACACACCCUUCAGCGACACCUUCGUCUUUCUGGAGUGUUCCACCAACAUAAAGGAAUUAAUCAUCAUAUUGUACAUCGCAGCGCCAGCAGGAGUCAUCCUCAUCUUUCCGAUCAUCUGUUGUUGCUGUAAAUAUCGGAAGAGAAAAAAACAAGAAAACACGACCACAGUUUUCAGCAACAAGAUCUAUGAGAACUUCAGCUUCAGUGGUCCUGGACCGACGACAGACUCUGUGAAACAGGAGGAAUGCAUUUAUGAGAAUUAACUGUUGAUUCACUAUCUAUAGCUAUUUCUGAAAUAUAGUGAUUGAUACUUUGUAUCACUCCAGCUCAUCCCUGCCUCAUGAUAGCACUUUACAUGGACCCAGGUGGACUUCCACUAUGACGAGGAAAUGACGCAAAUGAUCUGGGUCAGUCUUGUCUUGUCAUGUGACUGGGUGGUAAGCUUAGCAUUUCACCCAGUUUCUGUGGGAACAGCAUUGUUCUUUCUGGGGCCCCAGCCAAAAUGUCACCUCCCCCUCCGCCCCCGCCCCGCAGAUGUUUCUAAAACUAAAUAUAUUGUGGUUAGCAGCCGCCUGUAUCCUAAAGCGAGAUUUGUUAGUUGGCCGGAUAACUUGUCAGAUUUAAGGUACCCCAGCUGAAAUGAACUUAAUUACUUUUAGCCUGGACUACCUUAAAUUUGACAAAUUAUCUGGCUAAUUAACACAUUUUAAUUCGUGAUGCAGGCCCCAGGGGGUCUCGGGCAAGUGCAUGGUUUGAGUGGCAGUAAACACCACUGCCGGGCUUCUGAACAUGAUGCAAAAAAGAUGGAUGGGUUGAUGGACUGAUAAAUACACCUCAGUGGCCAAUUCCAAAUAGCAAAUCAUUUGGUUGCAACAUACAUACGUACCUACAGCACACAGAUGGGGUUUAUUGUCAUUCCGAGAACAUGGGGGUAAUAUGCUAGGGAAUGAAAUGAAGUACUGAGGUCCCGUGAACAGCACUAUAGUCUGUUAUUCCGGUUAGCCAGAGUUCUGCGGCCAGACACUUCUCAUUCACUAGGUACACCUGCUUGCGACUGUAAACAGUGUGCUGCUGCGAAAUAGCAAAUCAUUAGGGUGCAACAUACCUUACAACAUACAUGCAGCACACAAACUGGGUCAAACUGAGGUAUUGUUACUAUUUGGUUAACGACUAAAGCAGCUAAGAACCCUGAUUUAAUUAUUCUGAAUGUGGUUUGACUGUUGGUAUCAGAUGCUCCAGCAUCUCAUUAACAGCCAUCCUUCUUGGGAUUUUCACACAAUACAUUGUCUGGAGUUUACAGUGAACAAAAAAAAGUGGUUUCUCUGAAACUAGCUAGAUGCAUCUUACAAAGUAGCCACUGAAUAGAAUAGAAUAGAAUAGAAUAGAAUAGAAUAGAAUAGAAUUCAACUUUAUUGUCAUUGCACAUGUCACAAGUACCUGGCAACGAAAUGCAGUUUGCAUCCAUCCAGAAAGUGCUUUAGCCAUAAUAUUUGCAAAAUAUAUAUUAGCAAUAAUAUAGAUAUAUAAAUAUAUUUCAAAAAUGGGUCUAUUAUAGAUAUUAGGGUACAAAAAUAUGAGUCUAUUACGGGUAUGUUACAAUGUACACGGUAUAAAGGUAUGUUAUGAAUAUGCUAUAACUAUAAUACAAGUUAUAAACAGUUGUAGAAUUAUAAUUUCCGUAUUGUACAAAAAUGAUUGUUUAUACAGCAUUUACAGUAGUGCAGUUAGGUCAGGAGGCAGAGUUCAGGAGUCUGACAGCUGUAGGGAAGAAGCUGUUCCGGUACCGGGUGACUUAGUCUGGAGACUCCUGUAGCGCCUCCCAGAGGACAGGAGGGUGAAAAGUCCAUGUGCUGGAUGACUGGAGUCUUUGAUGAUUUUCCCAGCCCUAUUCAGACACCGCUUCCUGUAGAUGUCGUUUAUGGCAGGAAGUGGUGCUCCGCCGAUGCGCUGGGCAGUUUUCACGACCCUCUGCAACGCCUUCCGGUCCGAGGCAGAGCAGUUCCCAUACCAGACUAUUAUACAGUCGGUCAGGAUGCUCUCGAUGGUGCAGCGGUAGAAGUUCACCAGGAUAUCUGAGGACAGGUGGUUCUUCCUCAGAGUCCUCAAGAAGAAGAGGCACUGGUGAGCCUUCUUGACCAGCUUGGAGCAGUUGAUCGUCCAAAUGAGAUCCUCGGAGAUGUGGACACCCGGGAACUUGAAGGUGCUCACACGCUCCACAGCCGCCCCUUUAAUGUAGAUGGGUGGAUGUGGGUCAGCAUUCCUCCUGUAGUCCACGAUGAGCUCCUUGGUCUUCUCGGUGUUAAGCAGCAGGUUAUUGGUGUCGCACCACUCAGCCAGACGACCCACCUCCUCCAAGUAGGCGGCCUCACCGUUAUCAUUGAUGAGGCCAAUCACCGUGGUGUCAUCUGCAAACUUAAUGAUGGUGUUGGAACCAUUGGCAGGUCUGCAGUCGUGGGUGAAGAGGGAGUAGAGGAAAGGGCUCAUCACACAGCCUUAUACACUAUACGGGCAAAAGUAUUGUGGGACAUCUUUUGAUCAUUGAAUUUAAGUGUUUCAUUUAGACCCAUAAAAUCAAGCACCUAGCUGGUCAGGUUGACAAACAUUUGUGAAAGAAUGAGUCGUUCUGAUGAGUUCAGCAAAUUCAAGCACGUUACUAUCAUAGGAUGCAACUUUUGCAAUAAGUCAUUUUGUGCAAUUUCUCCCCUGCUAGAUAUUCCACAGUCAACUGCAUGUGGUAUUAUUAUGAAGUGGAAGCAUUUAGGAACAACAGAAACUCAGCGACAAAGUGGGAGACCAUAUAUAGAAACAGAUCGAGUGAGGUUGCUGAGUGCUGAGGUGCAUAAUUUAUAAAAGUCCCUGAUGCUCUGUUGACUCACUAACUGCAAAAUGUCCUCUGGCAUUAACCCCAGCACAAAAAGCGUGCACUGGGUGGUUCUGUGGUCGAGCAGCUGCAUGCAAGCCUCACAUGCCCAAGUGCAGUGCCAAGCCGCCAGUGAACAAAUCACACUUCUCUGUCUAGCGGUCUGAUGGACAAGUCUGGGUUUGGCAGAUGCCAGGAGAACGUUACCUGCCUGAAUGCAUUGUGCCAACUCUAAAGUUUAGUGGAGGAGGGAUAAUGGUAUGGGGUUGUUUUUUAGGGGUGAAGGGAAAUCUUAAUGAUUCAGCACACCAAGAUAUUUGGGACAAUUCCAUGCUUCAAAAUUGGUGGGAAAGCUUGGGGAAGGCCCUUCUCUGUUCCAGCAUGAUUGUGCCACAGUGCAGAAAGUAAGGUCCAUAAAGACAUGGUUGGCUGAAUCUGGUGUUGAAAAACUUGACUAGCCUGCACAGAACCUCAUCCUCAUCAAACACCUUUGGGAUGAACUAGGAUGAAGAUUGCGAGCCAGGCCUUCACGUCCAACAUCGGUGCCUGACCUCACAAAAGCUUUUCUGGAUGAAUGGGCAAAAAUUCCCACAG